UUCACUAAUGUUUACAUUUAUCACCGGUUGGGUAGUAAAUAAAGCAUUCAAACUUCUAGAAAAUGAAUGAAAAUCCCGAUUUUAAAGGGGCUUGGACCCUAUGCCAAAGAAUAUUUCCAAUUUUAAACGACGCAGUCCUGCAGGAACAAGAACCCAUAGAAAAAAAAGAAUUUGACGAGCUAUGUAAUUUUGCCAACACCCAGGGCUUACAAGACCUGAUACAGCAUCUAAUUUUCGGCAAAAUAGAAAAACGAUUACGCGACGAGGUCCUUCCAGAGUUCUGGGCUUAUUUCAAGAAAGCCCCUGCAGACGACAAAGGCCUUAAACCCUUUUAUAAUGCAGUGAAAAGUUUAUAUGAUAAUUUCCGACAGUUGGAUAAUGUAGUGUCCACUUUAGGCCAUUUUAGACAAGCGACGGAUAUUACGGAGGUGCCAUACAACGAAAAUAAUGUACACGAAUCUUUAAAGUUAAUAUUACAUUCCACAAUGCUAGCACAGCUACAUGUUGAUUAUCAAAGUAUCACAAUAAGUUUUUAUGAGGCUGGACUACAAAUGCAAGACUCUAAUAUUAUGGAUGAACAUUGUGUUGUAUGUGGUAGCGAGAAGUUUUCCUGUAAUUGCUUACAUUUGUUUCAAGAGACUAACAGAAAACUAGGCGAAAUGUCUCUCCUGGAGCCCCUUGUAGGUCAAACCUUAACAAAUGUGAGCUACAAUUACAUCCAUAACCACAUUCAAAAAAUAUGCAAGGACAAUUAUGACUCGUUCAUAGUUAAUUUAGAGAAGUGGUUACACACAGUGGUAAUACAGUGGCUAAAAAAAAUUUACUACUUUGACACUUCCAUACCUUUAGAAGAGUCUAUGGAAAGGCUUGAAAAAAAGUUGGUUAACUAUUUGUACAAUUGUUACAUCAAAGUUAGGAUUGAACAACUGUUUAACAUCGUAAUAGAAUACCCAGAAUCUUUGCCAUCCCUUGAAGAUAUUUGCUUAGGCCUCCCACGUACAGAUCUGAAGCCACUUCUGACUAAAAAACUUCAAAAAGCAAUGGAAACCCGUCUGCUUCAUCCGGGGGUUUCGACAACAGACAUCCUUACAGCCUACAUAGCAACAAUACGAUCUUUACGAAUCCUAGACCCUACAGGAUUGUUGCUAGAAACAGUAACUUACCCCAUACAUCAAUAUUUAAGAAGUAGAGAGGAUACUGUGAGGUGUGUUGUGAGUAGUUUAACAGAAGAUGGGCCAAAUGAGUUGGCGGAAGAGUUAAACAAAGGAGAGGUAGAUGAAAAUACUCCCAUGGAUGAAGGAGAGGAGGAAAACUGGGAAACUUGGACUCCCGACCCAGUAGACUCGUUACCGUCAAAAAAAAUCGCCAAGGAAACUUCCGGGGUUAACAGAAGAAAUGCUGAUAUUAUUUCAAUGUUAAUCAACAUUUAUGGCAGCAAAGAGCUUUUUGUAAACGAAUAUAGGACGUUAUUAGCGGAUAGACUCUUGGCUCAAUAUCAGUGCGACACUGAUAAAGAAAUCCGCUACUUGGACUUGUUAAAAUUAAGAUUUGGGGACUCUAACUUACAAUUUUGCGAGGUGAUGCUCAAAGAUAUCACUGAUUCGAGAAAAAUUAACGAAAUGAUUAAAGAAAACCCGGAAUAUAGCGAAAAUGUUCAAUUAAAAACCUUGAUAGUAUCGCAACAAUUCUGGCCUCCGUUUAAGGAUGAAACUUUGGAGCUUCACAGUACUGUCACAGACCAAAUGAAGAAAUUCAAUACGGCAUUUGAGCUUUUAAAAGGCAGCAGAACUUUGUGUUAUAAGAACCAUUUGGGCGUUGUAGAUCUUGAUAUUGAACUUAACGAUAGGACAAUGAGUUUAUCGGUAACUCCGGUGCAUGCAACUAUUAUUAUGCAUUUCCAGGAUAAAAGUACAUGGGAACUGGAGGACCUGGGAAAAGUAAUGCACUGUCCGCCAACAGUUUUAAGGCGGAAAAUCGGGUUUUGGUUAUCGCAUGGCAUCUUAACAGAAGUGAAAUCUGAUGUUUUUUCGAUUCAGGAGGAAGUGGUGCAUAAACAAAACCCUCAGGAGGACAUUUAUGUGGAUGAAUUUGAAUCUGAGUCUGCCAUGGCCAGUGCUGAAGCUCAAAAGGAAGAAGAGUUACAGAAUAUUUGGUCGUACAUCAUUGGAAUGUUAAUGAAUUUGGACAGUUUGUCCCUGGACAGGAUUCACCACAUGCUAAAAAUGUUUGCUUUCCAAGGACCCACUUCAGAGUGCAGUCAGUCGGAGCUCAAGGCUUUUCUGGACCGGAAAGUUCGCGAACGAUUGUUGAUUUAUUCAAAUGGACUUUAUAAGUUACCCAAGUAGGUUUAGGAAUAAAGUUUCAUGUGAAUCUCUAUUUUUUUAAAUAAAUUCAAGAGUCAUGAUUA